AACAAAGCCGUUCCCGAUCUGAACGAGACCGACCUGCUGUCCCUGGGGACGGUGGUGUGUGAGUUCACCGCGACCAACAUCUCCCAGAUCCCGGGCAGCACCUUCGCCUCCGCCGCCCCCCACUUCGGCAAGUGCCGGCAAUUCCACGCCUCGGCCCCCGCCAGCCUGGCCUCCAAAAUCACCAGCAGCCUCGGAAACCCCUCGAACUGGACAAUCGAGACGGUCACUUCGCUGGGCCUGAUGCUGACCUUCCUGGAUGAAGGGACGAUACAGAAGAUUCCGGACACAGUGGAUAUCAACGCCCUGCUGCUGGGGCUGGCGGCCUCCAACGUUCCCGAAGGACCCGCCGCUUCCCGGGAAUUUGGGAACAGUUUCAAUUUCACCCCCAUCACCACCACAACGUUCUCCAGGCUGGUCAGGCCCACAGCCAAACGGUCCAGGAGGACAGCCUCCUGCUCCGUGAUCCCGUUGUACGAGGAGAUCCAUGACCUGGGCCAGGCUAACAGUCAGUGGACGGUGGAGCAUCUCUCCUGCAUGACAACGGAGACCUUCCAGGACGCGGUCAGCACGCUGGGCUCUGUGCUCACCUUCACACCACAGCAGCGCUCAGCCCUCGUCGACAAAGCCAAGGAGGCCUGGGGAGCCGUUGUCAAAUUUCUCUCAGGAGGAAAUUGCAGAACUAAAGUUUCUCCUCAGCGCCCUGUCAGUGAAAGAGUUAAAAUCGAUGGAUCUGCGCUCCUAUCGAUAACCUGGAAAGUGUUGCAAGCUGUCCCACCUGGACCCAAGAGAAGAGGAGAGCAGUGCUGGAAACCUUCCUGCGGCUGAACGAACUGACGGUGGCUCAGCUGGAUUCGGUGGCGAUCAGCGGCCUGGGGAAUUUUCUGUGCGGGAUGGACGCUUCCCAGAUCAACCAGCUGGAUAGCAAAGCGCUCGAGUUAGCUGCUAUUAGUCUGGGUAAACUGGCCUGUCCUCCUAAGACCCUGGGCUUGCUGAAGGGCCGCGCCGCCCAGGUAUUUGGGCCGAUGAGCAGCUGGAACGAGGCUCGGCUCUCCGAACUUGGCACCGUCGCGGGUAAGUGCCAGGGGCUGGGAGGGGCACAUGGU